AUGCAGAAAGAAUCAAUAAAUCAUGCCUUGUUCCUCUGCUCCCGAGCUAAGGAGGUUUGGUGUCUCUUUCCUCAUGCUUUGAAUUUUAAACUGGCUGCUACCACUACAUCAGAGGAAUUUCUGCUAUAUGUCUCGGCCAAUUUAUCUACACCAGCUUUUGAACAGUUUCUCACUCUUUGUUGGAGCAUUUGGUUUGAGAGAAAUGCUGAGUUUCAUGAUAAAUUGCCCAAGCAGCCUGCUGCUAUCUUCAUGUUUGCUACUGGCUACAACUCAAAGUACCAAUCUGUGCACAACUCGCACCAGGAUACUGCUGGUUCUCCCAUCUCAAAGUAUCAAUCUGUGCACAACUCGCACCAGGAUACUGCUGGUUCUUCAGUUGCAGACCCAACUCCAACAUUUGUCUCUACAAAUGCACCCUCUCCUACUCCUUGGAUUGCACCUCCUGUGGGUAAAUGGAAGCUAAAUACUGAUGGAGCCUGCAAUAGAUCUCAUAAAUUAAUUGGUAUAGGUGUUGUGUUGAGGGAUUCCAAUAGCUAUAUCAAAGCUGCUUUUUCCAAAUCGAUUAUAGGGUGUUUCAAAUCUGAAGAGAUGGAAGCUACUGCUAUGGCUUUAUCUCUGCAAUGGCUCAUCAACCUCGGCUUAACUGCUGACUUCAUUGAAAAUGAUUCAUUAUUAGUAGUUCAGGGGUUAAAAGCUGCACUUCAUUGUAAUUCUGCUUUUCAUUCUAUGUUAAAAGAUGUCAACUAUUUAGUAUCCUUUUUCCCACGAGCACAGGUCACUCAUGUUAGGAGAUCUGCUAAUACUUAUGCCGAUGUCUUGGCUAAGUUUGCUCUUACGGUGGAUGCUGAUUGUUCUUGGUUGGAGGAAUUUCCACCUCCACUUAUGACUGUUAUGUAA